AUGACUGCUUCUUGUCAAAAGGAUCUCUGUCCCGUACGGGAAUAUGAACUGUCCCUCAAUUCAGCCCAGCUCGAGAUCGUAUACGAGAAAAGCCUUGCGCGGCUGGACUCCCUUAUGGCUUACGAGGAGACUCGAAUUUCCCGCGUGGAUUAUAUCAUUCUCGACGCCGACCAUGACGUGUUGCAGUCGAAAAGCGAACAGUCCGAGUAUGAUAUCGAGCAGCUACUCCAAGCCGAGAGAGCACUGAAGCAACAACUGCUACGCGCCCAAGGGGAUUUGACAAAUUUGCAAUUGUCUACGCGCUCUGAUUCGCGUGCGAUUCAGGAUCUCAAGAACGAUCUCGUCUCAAUGAAGCGCAAGGUCUCCGACUACGAACAAAUUCACGCCGAUAAGAUGUUCCUUACGAAGGAAAUCGCACACUUGAAACAGGAUUUUGAGCGCCUUCAAAACCAGAACAGAUCCCAUCAAAAUCUCAUUGCCGAAAAGUCUGCUUUAGAGAGACAGCUCAAUUCCUUGGAAGUUCAAUUGGAAGAGGAAAGAAGGGCGUUUGAACGAAAUAAAAAUACCGAGACCAAGAACAAAAACGCAGAAGCGCAACAACAACUGAAGAAAUUGCAAGAGGAAUUCAAAAAUGAAGUGGAAGAAAGACGCCGAAUGGAACAAGAGAUUAAUGAACGGUCAACCGCAUGGGAGCUGCAGAAAAAAUCCUUGGAAGAACGACUUGAUAAGCUUCGGAAGCAGCUGCGGUCAACAAAGGAGAAAUUGAAGGAAUACCAGAACGAUACCCUUAUCUCUCACGGGCCACAGCAAAUUGACAGACCUCGUCAAAGCGUCGCUAGUGAUAGGAGUGCUUCACUCGGCCAUUCUGGUGGUAUUUUUGAUCCAUCCAUGACAAUCGCAACACCGGGGGCGGUCAAGGUCAAGACGAAUUUUCAGCCAAGACCGUCUGCUGCCUUGGGAGAAAAGUCAUCAUUCUCGAUCACACCAUACCUUAAGCGCAACAGGAACGCCGAUGACUCCUCGAGUAGUUCCGAUGAUGAUUUACGACCACAAGCGGAAUUGCACAAUGUCAAGAAGCGGGCCAAUGCGUCGCCUAAAAGAAACAAGACAGGACGUCGUGAAAUGAACCAGUCCUCUAAUCAUGAUAAUGACAAUGACAACAAUGAAGAGAGUCACAGACCUGCAAAAGCCGACGGGCAUGACGGAUCAAUCGCGGAAGAUUCUAUUCUCUCGUGCCGAAAUGACGAGGUGCCGUCAAUACUCGGGGGUAUGUCAAAUAGAGGGUCCUCCUUAGGAGGGAAGCAAGUCUCUAGAAAACGGAAAGUUCUAUCGCAGCGCGAUAUUGCUUUGUUUGACGAAGAGGAAGAGCAAUUUGAAAGACCAAAGAGGGUAGUAGAUAAGCCAAUCCCCAGUCUGAAGCCGAGCUCCAAACGCCCACAAGCUUUAGGAGUUGCUCGCCUUGCAUUUGGGGAAUCAUCGUCGUUUUCUCCGCUGAAGCGCGAUAAGAGGUUAAUGUAG